AAUUCUUCUUUUCUCUUUGCUUCUCUCUCUCUCUCUCUCUCUCUAAAUCACAGACCUCUUUCCUUGAGUCAAGAUGAUGCACCCUGGUCCUGGCAUGGCUCCCCCAACCAUGGGCCAACAGCCUCCCCAGCAGCAGUAUCCGCAGCAGCAACAUCCCUACAUGAUGAUGCCACCGCAGGCUCAGGCGCCGCCGAUGUGGCCUCCCUCAGUUCAACCACCGCCACAGUCGGUCGCUCCACCGCAAACGACCCAAGCCGUCCAGCCCACAACCGCCGAUGAGGUCCGUACUCUUUGGAUCGGUGAUUUGCAGUUCUGGAUGGACGAGAACUAUUUGUACACUUGCUUUGCUCAUACAGGCGAGGUGGCCUCGGUGAAAGUUAUUCGAAACAAGCAAACUAAUCAAUCUGAAGGUUAUGGGUUUAUUGAGUUUUUCACACGCGCAGCCGCUGAGAGAAUACUUCAAACAUUUAACGGAACCAUUAUGCCAAAUGGUGGGCAAACCUUCAGAUUGAACUGGGCAACUUUUAGUUCGGGUGAGAGGCGGCAUGAUGAUACUCCAGAUUACACGAUAUUCGUUGGAGAUUUAGCUUCAGAUGUUACCGAUUACAUGCUGCAGGAGACAUUUAGGGCUAGGUAUCCCUCAAUUAAAGGUGCAAAAGUUGUGAUCGAUCGACUCACUGGGAGGACAAAGGGUUAUGGUUUUGUUAGGUUUGGAGAUGAAAGUGAACAAAUGCGAGCUAUGACUGAGAUGCAAGGUGUUUUAUGUUCGACAAGACCCAUGCGGAUUGGACCAGCCACCAACAAAAACCCUGGCACUCAGCCAAAAGCUUCAUAUCAGAAUCCUCAAGGGGCACAGAACGAGAAUGAUCCGAAUAAUACAACUAUUUUUGUUGGGAAUUUGGAUCCUAAUGUAACGGAUGAUCAUCUUAGGCAAGUUUUUGGCCAAUAUGGGGAGUUAGUACAUGUUAAGAUUCCAGCAGGCAAGCGAUGUGGGUUUGUUCAAUUUGCUGACAGGAGCUGCGCAGAAGAGGCUUUGAGGGGCUUAAAUGGAACAGUGUUGGGUGGGCAGAAUGUUCGUCUCUCUUGGGGCCGUAGUCCUUCAAACAAACAGACUCAGCCAGAUCAAAACCAGUGGAAUGGAGCUGCUGGGUAUUACGGAUAUACUCAGGGGUAUGAGAACUAUGGAUAUGCUCCAGCUACUGCACAGGAUCCCAACAUGUAUGGAAACUAUCCUGGGUACUCCAAUUACCAACCACCACAGCAGCAGCAGCAGCAGCUAGGGUACAGUUGAGAUUUGAGAACCCUCCCCCCCUCUUCUUUUUCCCCCUUCUCAUUUACCUCGAUUCUCUCUUGUAAUCGUGAGGAGUUGUUGCUGUUGCCUGUCUUUUUUAGCGUCUCUUGGUGUAAAACCAACUUAUCUCUUUAGCUCCUUUGCUUGUUAGUAGAAUUAAUGUGAUCUCCUGUUGUAUCGAGCGAAAAUUACUUGAUAACCUCCAGAUGUUCUAAUAACGAUGCUUUAUUUGAUGCC